AUGCCACCAUUGCUCCACCCCUCGUUCUCGAGACACCAUCGUCGAGUCCUGACGACCUCCACCGCCUUUCGGUAUGCCGCGAGACGCACCAUAGAUCUCAAUUCCCCGUUUACGAAUUCCUAUGAUCCUAACGAGGAGGGCCGGGGGCCUAUGUUCUCCAAGAACACGUUUGGCGUCCCGCAAUUCUAUCCUCGAGACCUUAAGAAGCGGGUCGAUGAGUAUGUGGUCGGACAGGAUCGAGCCAAGAAGACGAUAUCCUCCGUCAUAUUUAACCACUACCAGAAUAUGCGGCGACGCCACCACCAAGAAGUACAGGAACAGAAGCGAGAGGAAAGGCUUAUGCGGCAGGCCAUUGCCCGCGAUCGAAUUGCGAGAGAGAGGGAAUCCCAUCCUGCUGAAGGUUGGCACUUCCCAAUAUCCAAGUUUCAUCGAUACCGCGCUGACGACGACUUCGAAGACGAAUUCCCCGGCCGUAACGAUUCGAUGCAGCAUAUACAUCAGACAUGGCAGCACUCUGAACAGAGGGCUGACUUUGACACAUCUGAAGACACUACCCGAGCCCCUACGGUCAAGAUCGACAAGAGCAAUCUGCUACUCAUAGGCCCAACUGGUGUUGGGAAGACAUACAUCCUCGAGACACUAAGCAAGAAGAUCAAUGUUCCAUUUACGAUAUGCGAUUGCAACUCCUUUACCCAAGCCGGCUAUAUCGGCCAAGAUGUUGAGACCUGUAUCGAGCGGUUAUUGAUCGAGUCCAAUUACGAUAUAUCGGCCACCGAGCAGGGCAUUGUCGUCCUUGACGAAUUCGAUAAGAUUGCCAAGCGCGAGACUAUGAAUGGAAGAGAUGUCGGUGGCGAAGGUGUGCAGCAGGCACUGCUGAAACUAGUUGAGGGAACCAAGGUCACCAUCAGCGUCAAGGAUAACCGCUCAUCAUCCUCUCGUUCGGCCACCCCGAUUACCUCGAACUACGCCAACCCAGGAUCCUCGUCCUCGGGGCCUCAACCUACACCUCCAUCGGGCAAGGUCGACCAGUACACCAUUGACACCAGCAACAUAUUAUUUGUGAUGUGUGGUGCCUUCGUCGGUCUCGACAAGGUGGUAUUAAAUCGAGUAGCUAAAUCAUCGAUGGGCUUUGGCUCCGAGAUUCGGAGUCGAUCAACAUCUGGCAAAUCAGACCUGCCACCAGAAUUAUUCAAUCACCUCCCGCACCGGUCCCCGAACGAUGAAGACACCUCCGCUCUAACGGCGCUCGACCUCGCGACGCCAGAGGAUCUGCAAAAAUUCGGGUUCAUCCCAGAACUGAUCGGGCGUGUGCACAACAUAGUGGCACUCUCGCCACUCUCGCGAUCUGAUCUGCUACGCAUUCUAACUGAGCCGCGCAACUCACUUGUGGCUCAGUACACGGCUCUAUUUCAAACGUAUCCAUCGAGCCUAUGCUUUACGCAGAAGGCGCUGGAGGCGGUUGCAGAGCGAGCUGAGAAGGCGCAGACGGGGGCGCGGGGGCUCAAGAUGGAGAUAGAACGAGUGCUGGCGGAGGCUAUGUUCGAUGCACCUACGCCUUACGUGCUCGUGACAGAGAAGGCGGUUCGCGGCGAAGAGAAAGUCGGGUACUGGGGGAAAGACGGACGGCUCGAGGUCGAGGCACGGAUACGCGAAGAGGAUGGUCUAGACGGCGACGCUGACACCGACUUAGGACGACGGCAGCAGGGCUUUGGCGAUGGAAGACAGAUUCUGAGGAGCCUAGGGCAGUACCGGGAGGCGGGACAGAGCGGUGCUUGA